UUAUUCUUUGAGCACCACUGGCAAACCCCCUUUGUGUUCAACAGAAUUGCCCCUUUCGAAUUUGACAGACACAAAACCUGUCCUGUAGAAACAUAUAAAUCUGCGGAAUAUAUAAUGGCAGACGAUCCUAGAUUCUCUGGCGACAUCGAAGACGAUUGCAAGAUGACUGACAUGACUGCGUCGUACUCUGAGAUUUCUUUUGACUCGCAACCCUCGCCUGUUGGCUCAAUGAUUUUCGAGGAGCAAGCUGCUUUCGUCACACGACCUGACACCCUUGAUUUGAGAGACAGCCUCGAUCACAUUGAAGGCACACUCACUCAAGAGGGAGAUAUGGUCUCGUUCGUCGUCCAGGAUCUCGAAACUCAAAUUAAGCUCGCUAGUCCUGUUUCUCGAAGAGAGACGCCUGUCGGUCCAGCAGUGGCUUCCUGGAAUUCUGGGACGAAUUUGUACAAGCAAGCGUUGAUGCCCCAGCUGCCGAGUGUUGAUCCAAACAUUUUGAAUGACUUGGAAGCAGAAGCCAGAAGGAUAGCCACUUCUGUUGAUACACUCACUGAAAAUUUAGCUGGAAUACUUCAAAGUGUAUCAGCUCUUACCGUUGAAUGUUUAGAGACGUAUCGGGACGCAGUUUGCAAAACGUGUGAUUCUGUUGAUUCAAAUAUUAAGGCUAUGUACCAGCUGAUGGCCAAAACAGAGGAGUUAAGCAAAUCUAUGAAACCCAUCUACACCCUAGCAGACGAAAUAAAGGAGUUAAAAAGGCUGUUGGAUUUAUUAGAAACGGCGGUUAACGUCUAAAAUCCCAACAACAUCAAAUAUUACUCAAAUCUUCAUACCAGUGAUAUUGAUAAACUGAUCUCAACAAAUAUAUCAUUAAGUACGUGCACUGUAUGUUACCAAGUUUUGAUAAUAAAACUCUGAAUAUA